AUGAGUGUGUCCGAUCUCAGUAAAUAUACCUCAGAAUUUCUUGAAAACCUUACCGAUGAUAGAAAGUGGAACCAAGGUCGACGAUGUCUUCGAGAUGGUUUUAAAUUUAGCAGUGAUCAGAGUAGUUGCAAAAUAGCUAUAGCUUCACCCUCUAAAGAUUUGGAAGAAGAGAUUAUUAGAGAAAUAACUAAACAAAUCUUACAGAAUAGAUAUAGAUUUAGUGGGAGACAAGUGGAUGAUUUAUUCUCUACCCAGAAAAAUGGAAGUACGUUCGAAGAGCUAUUGCCCUGCAAUAGAGACAUAAAUAUUGCAAUUUCUAACAAAUUCUCGAAAGGAAUAGAGGAAAAAACAAUUGGGGAUAUGGCGCAACAGAUUUUACGGGAUAAACUUAGCAUUAGAGAU